GCCGCUGUCCCUGUGUCCCCCCAGUUCAUGCUGGCGACAGACAAGUUCCAGCUGGGGUACACGGAGGGGGGGCACUGCAAGGGGGACCCCAACCGCCAGCUGGCCCCGCCCCAGCGCCUGCAGUGGGACAUCCCCCCCGAGGGCAUCGUUGCCAUCGAGGGCUCCCUGCGCGUGGCCCAGGCCUUGGCGGACGACGUGGAUUUCUGCUGCUUCCCCUUCACCACCUUCGGGAAGGGGCUCAUCAAGCGCUGCCGGACCAGCCCCGACGCCUUCAUCCAGAUCUCCCUGCAGCUGGCACACUUCCGGGACAAGGGCUCCUUCUGCCUGACCUACGAGGCCUCCAUGACGCGGCUGUUCCGCGAGGGCCGCACCGAGACCGUCCGGUCCUGCACGGCCGAGGCCACGGCCUUCGUGCGCAGCAUGGCCGACCCCCGGCACAGCCGCUCGGAGCGGCAGAAGCUGUUCAAGGCGGCGGCCGAGAAGCACCAGCAGCUUUACCGGCUGGCCAUGACCGGCGCCGGCAUCGACCGGCACCUCUUCUGCCUCUACCUGAUGUCGCGGUACCUGGGCACCCAGAGCCCCUUCCUGGCCAAGGUGCUGUCGGAGCCGUGGCGUCUCUCCACCAGCCAGACCCCGCAGCAGCAGCUCAAGAUGUUCGACUUCGACAAAUACCCCGACCACGUGUCCAGCGGCGGCGGCUUCGGCCCCGUGGCAGACGAUGGUUACGGGGUCUCCUACAUCAUCGCCGGGGAGAACCUCAUCACCUUCCACAUAUCCAGCAAGUUCUCCAGCCCCGAGACGGUGAGGGAGGGGGGCACCGGGGCCGGAGGGGGGGGGAUUGGAGGGCUGUGGGGCCACCUGUGGGGUCACUUGUGGGUCUGGGGCAGCCCCUGACCCUGGCCUUGCCCC